UCAAAUCUCCCGCCACCUGUCAAUGAUCGAACGAACGGCGCGAUGACGCCACAUAAUUCGAGAAUCGGGCGUGUAUAGUUUUGUCGUCGUUUAUUCCUACCAACACGCAUAUAAUUGUACACAUAUACAAGAGUACGUGCGUAGAAAAAAAAAGAAACAUGGCUGCGACGCAGAUCGUCUCGAGAAGGAAGAAAUCGUGCUCGCAGAAUAACAAUAAUUUUACAAAUUUAGUUAUAACCGAGUAACAUAGCGUGUUAUGCAAAUUGUCCAGCCCAUGUGUCGUAAGGUGUUGAAAUGUCGAAUUAAACAGUUUUGCUGGGUAGCAGUACAGUAUAUUCAGUAAAAUAUUGUACCUAUGGUGAUGAGGACGAGGAAUGGCCAGCGACUUAUCCAGCGUUUGCACAGAAACCAAUGAGAUUCUUGACGAUGAGAAAGAGGAGGGUGAGAUAUCGCUUGAAGAUGUCAGCUCAUCAGAAGAUGGACCACCUUACAAAUAUCAACCUCCCAGGACUUUUGGACAGUGUCUGCACUGCUUCUCUACAGGGCACUGUGCUACUUGGUGCAGAACUUUGAUACUUAAUAAAAAGAUUUUCGUACAAGUGGCCUACCUUAUUACUAAAGAUGCAGGCAAGGAGAAUCGACGUCAUCAUCAUCAUCACCGACAUAGUCAUCAACAGAGAGCACAACCACCAGCUUCAUUGCUUAGUGGAGAUCUUCAACCAAUCUCAAGCGAUGAGGACUUAGAGUUAUUGGAUCUGGCAAAAAAAAAGAAAGCAAGGAAAAAGAAACGGCGCAAAAAGUCACCAUCUUUUUCACUUUCGCCAUCUCCUGUGAAUAUGGCUAUCAAAGAGUCUAUUCAUCGAGGAUCCACACGCCGACAUCAGUCCCCAGUCAAAUGGAAAGCACAGCUACAACAGCAGUCGUACAAAUCACCACCACCAAGAAAGUUAUCGCCUCAGAGGAUAAAAAAACUGAAGAAACCUAUUAGUGGACCUUUGCCUCUGCAGUCAAGAGUUACAGUCUCCAAAUUACUCAAGAAAGUGAAAAAGCUUGAGCCAUAUUCGGUGAGAGGCAAAGAGGCCAGAUCUUCACUGAAGGACAAACUAAGCAAUAUCAUUGGUGGCAAGAAAAGUGAUGAAGAAGAAACACAAACUGUUUUGUUAAAGCCAAAAGAUAAAUCAUCAGAAGUUGAAAAGAGAAAAGUUACAAAAAACCAGUCUUUGGUAGUUGAGGAAAAGAAGAAACAGGAUAUCUUUAUUGAAGAGGAAAAGAAAGAAGUUACAGAUAAAGGAAAAACAAAAGAAAAUGGGGAGGAUUUAGCAAAAGUAACCCUGACUUUAAAACCAGAAUUCACUAUAAAAGAAUCAUCUGAAGUAUCACAACCAACUCAACCGGCACGAACCAUAGAAGAGAAACGACCUCAAGAACCAGACGAAGACUUACAGCUUCGAGUAAUAGCUUUACGUUCAGCAGUGAUGAAAAAGCAUCGUACACGUAUCGCGCGCAUGAAGAAACAACAACAGUUAUUACAGCAAAAGGAAGACACGUUAAGCAAUGAGCCAAUACCGCGAAUUGAAAGCCCUUUCACGUCAAGUUUCAACAAAGACUUUCCUCUACUGGCAGAAAUGUGCAGUCCAGGCUCACCUCUUGACCCUAACAAAGAUGACAUCUACUGCCCGGAAGACAUGGAGUUAGACUCGGACAUGGAGCUCGACAAAGAGGUCUCGAUGGUGGUAAACGCAACAGAAAAGGAAAACAACAUUCUCGACGGUGACUCACCCUAUUCACCUACCGACGACUUGGGUAGUCCACAAGGGAUGAUAGAUCAACCGAUGGAUCUUAGUAUGUACACGGCUUCAAAGCCCAUAGAAACUUCAAUGCACAUAUCCCACAAUAAUAACAAAAAUGACGCUCUUGACGGAACUACUUUGGAGUUGAGGCCAUAUUCACCAUCAGACGCUACUGUUUACGAUCCAGAACUGCCGGGAGUUUUAGGUGCGAAUGCGAAUAUAGUGCCAACGCCAUUGCAACCACCACCAUUACCACCAUUGGGGAUGAUAUCAAUGAUGCCAUUAAAUCCUAUGAAUCUUCUCAGUACUUAUCCGAUUGUGCCGAUAAGUAGCUUUGCGCCAGUUAAUCCUAUGCUUACUGCGCCUUUUAUUCCAUUCACGCCGACGACAAUGACGACGACAGUGGCGCCAACGAGUACUGCGACACAAUUGAUCGAAGAAUUCGAGACUGAUCUGGAUGGAAGUCCCCUAGUGCCGAUCGAACCAAAGGAUACUCCAAAUUGGAAAUUCAUCGGCGAGCCGUUGUACCUGCCCGAAAUUAACACACCACCAUUACCUGGUUUGGUGCCAGCACCUAUUCUCAAGUGUAACAAGCAGCUACAAAGGAUUCCUUCAGCGAGGAAAUCCAGCGAGAAUUUGUUUAGAAAUGCGGAUAUGAAGCCUGUAACAGUCGAAGAUGAAAAUAAAAUAAGUGGGGCGAUGUUUAAGCCUAUCAAACUAUCAGCGCUGCUGAAGAAAGCCGUUACUACACAACCUGCUGCCGCAUUUAAUACCACGGUAGAAGGGCCUACUGAAAGUCAGAAACAGAUUUGUUCGGAGUUAGAACAAGAUUUGAGAGAGUUGGAAGAAUUAGAAGAACAAGAAAACAAGAGAAGACAGGAGAUGGAGGAGAAGAAGAAGCAGGAACAACGUGAAGCAGAAGAGAGGAAAAGACAAGAGCAGCGCGAAACAGAAGAAUUGGAAAAGAGAAAAAAACAAGAACAACGAGAGUUAGAAGAAAAGAGAAGGCAUGAGAAAGAAGAGGUAGAACGAAGAAGGAAGCGUGAAAGGGAUGAGGCAGAGAGAAGACGUAGAAUAAGAGAAACGCCUAUCAGAAGAUUAAGAAAAAAGUCUGUCACACCAGCACCAAGAGCUCGAAGAAGAAGCUCUCGAACGCCAAGUAGAGGUAGAGAGAUUUACAGGUAUAAGUCAUCGAGGUCAUCGAGAGACUCUGAGGGCAGAAGUAAGUCAAAGAAAACAGAAGACAGUAAAGAAAAUCUCGAUGAGAAAACGCGCAAACUUAGCAUCGACGACGACGAGCAAGCGCUUCGGGAAAUACUUCUCGCGUCCCUAGCUAAGAGGAAACCUAAUGCCAAAAGAAAAGCUGCUCUUGAAGCUGCUAAGAAAAAAACAGCUCUCGAAACUGCUAAAGCCACGAGCGACAAAGAGAACAUCGCGAAUAAAUCUGCGGAAAUAUGUUCUGCUGUUUCCGAAGUUGAUAAAAUUAAAGAGACUGCUACGAUUGACAAGACCAAAAUUGUCAAUACUCCUCGAAAUAUUUCGCCUAGCAAUAGCGCAAAUGUAAUUCCUUUACCAUCGGCAGACCUGUCAGUAGUAUCAAUGCCAACUGUGUUACAAGAACAACAACGACCUACACUGAAGAGACUAGCAUCAGCACUUUUGCCGUUUGAGCAACCUGCUCGAAAAGUCGUGAGGAAACUAAACGUCAUUCCUGCAUCGACUCGUGCUGUGAACAACGCCAUACGGUAUCAAAAUUUGCUUAUUCAACGUAAACUGGUUACUCGACAAAAACGAGCACUCUACAAUACGCGCUUCGCUGUAAACAACAGUCAACUCUCAGAAAGUCCCGAGAUAGUCCAGUCACCAAGUGCGACUUCACGAUUUGUAAUCAGUCUCAAUGAGGAUACCGAGAGCGAGUCUGAAGCCAACGACAAAAAAGAGAAUUUCACAAAGACCAAACCUGCAUCUGUAAUUCCCAAAGUUGAUUUCGAGAAAAGCGUUGAUCAGUUUUUGAAGGUUGUACGGUUGCAGCAAGAACUUUCAGCAACGACUACGUCAGUGACGAUCAGUAAACCUGCCACUCCACCGAUAGUAUCAAAAGCACCCAGUAAUAUGAUAAUUAAAAAUAUUACAACUGCUACCGACGUUAUUUCUGCGGUUGCUAACGUUACUCCCUCCGCAGCUAUUACUAAGGUCGCUGCAUCUGUUACUACUUCUGCAGUUACAACUAAGGUCGCUCCAUCUGUUACUACCUCUGCAGCUAUUACUAUGGUCGCUAUCACCCCUUCUGCAAAGACUGUUGUGCCUAAAGUAGUAACAACGGCUGCUACAACUAGCUUGUCGAAAGAGAGAAUCGUACUCAAAAUGCCUAAGCCGAAAACACCUACUAACGUCCUGUCCAUUCCGGCUACGCCUCAGGCGGUAAAGCAUUUACCAGUUCCGCAGCAAGAAGAAUAUCGUCGCUUGAAGCAACAGCUUUACGAAUAUGAACAACUGCGUUUGCAGAAAGUUAACGGAUCCACCAUCACUAUUACAACGACUUCUCAAGCACAAUCAGCGACGGCUAAACCUGUAAAUACUUUAUCUAGUCUAACUACACCGUCUAUUUCGCCAUCGGUGCAAGCCACUUCAACUCCAAAAGCGCCGCUAGCUAAACUCAUGCCAAAGAAGCAACUGAUCGCUGCGAUAAGUCCUAUAUCAAAGUUAAACAACGUUACCCCCGUCGUAGUUACCCCGACAAAAAUUGUUCACGCCACAACCAACGUGAUUACCAAAACUGUUGCACCCACAAUCAACUCAGCUAGUAAGGUUGCUAGUAUUAGUACUGUGGAAACACCGAGUUCGAAAUCUGUUAUUGCAAAGGUUACUCAGCCAGAUCCAAGCCAAUUGAAGUUGCUCAGUAAAAUCACUGAGUCGUUGAAUAGUCAGAAGACUUUGUUGAACACUGCCGCUAAUAAAAUUUCAUCAAUAUCGUCAAAAUCAUUAAAAGUACUUACCAAGGAGCAGAUAAAUCAGAAAACUUCAAAAAUUCAGCAAAAGAAUAAUUGCGUUGUAAUGGACGAUUUGAACAAGACUGGCCAGAAUAAUAUGACAGAAAAAAAAGAAAAUAUUAAAGAAGUAAAAUUGAAGAAAGAAAACGAGUCAGACAAUAAGAUAAAGGAAGUUGAUGAUACGAAAGAGAUUAUUAAGGAAGAAUCUUUAAGUGUUACAAAAUCAAAGAAUGAAGAUAAAUUAAAAGAGAAUUGGGACGACUUUAAGAAGGUGGUUAAUAAUGAAGUGCAAACCCUUUCGAAUCUUUCCACUGAGCAGCAAAAAGAACUCUUAACGUACACGGAAGCGAAAUUGAUUUUAAGAAGACAUACUGUAUUGGAUGACAUCACGGUAAUGUCAGGCAGUCUCCGACAGUGGGAAAUUGAGAGGGAUCUAACGAGCAUCAUAUCAGCCGAGAUUAUAGAUUUACGAGAAAAGCUUCGUAUAGCAGAAUUUAAAUUACAAGAUCAGAAGAAUAAACUACGAAAGAUCCAACCUAGAGUAACGUUCUAUCAUGAGAAAAUUAAUACUGGUAGGAAGGAGUGUUUUAGACUGUCCAAGAUAUGCAAUGGGCUUGGACAACAAAUAAUAGGAUCUAGUUAUAAAGUUCCUACUGUAGGUGCAGAAUUGUUAAAUAAUAGGAUUAAGGAAGUCGCUACUCAUACCCAGAAGUUACGUGGUAAAACUGUGCAAAAUAAUGCAAUAAAGACUGGUAGAUCACUCAAAAGUAAUCCCAAAGCUAAUACUAAUCCAAAUUCGAACGUAGAAAAGUUGCACAAAAAACAAAAUAAUACAGUUGAUACCAAAGUUAAUAAAUCAGAUUCAUUUAGUAAACGGUUGAGUAUUGAAAGAAAGAAAAUUAUUAAUAAUAGUGCUAGUUCAGUAGUUUUUAAUAAGGCUCAAACAGAAAACUCUAAAAAUAAUUUUAAAAAGCAAAAUUAUAAUCAAUCUAUGGACAUUGACAAGGAAACUUCAAGUAUAAAAGUAAAAUCAAUGAAAAAGUUGCAAAGUACAAAUGCAAAUAAUGAUCGGGAUCAAAAUGUUAACAGUAAGCAAUCGGCAAACAGUGAAAAAGUUUUUGAAAAAGUACAAGAACUUCAAUCUACAGUAGCAAGUUCUGUUACAGUUAAUAAUAAUGUUAUCUCAAGUAUGGAAAUGGAUAUUCAAAGUUAUUCUAACACUGCAAAUGAAACUUCUGAUAAGAAUGUGGGAACAAAUAGAGAAUCUAUAUUUAAAGUUGUAAAUAAUGAUAAUGGUACUGUCACAUCAAAUGUGGAUCAGUCAAUAAAAUCAGUAAUAGAUGGAGAAUCAAAUAUUAUAAAGCAGACAGUUCAGAAUAAUUCUAAAGCAUUAAAUAUGGAAAUUGAAUCAUCAAAAUUAAUUAUCAUAACUGGAAAUGAACCAGCAUCUUACAAUAGUGAACAAUUACCUGCAGUUCAAAUUGCACAAUCAACUGAUGCUACAGAAAAUUCUAUUGAAACUAAUUAUCAAAAACAAUUGGAAAAAGCUACUACAAAUAUAACUGAAACUACUGUUCAAAGUAAUGUUCCAACCAAAUCCGAAAAUAUUACGAAUGAAGUUCAAACUUCCAAUCCAAUUUCAAACGCAGCCGAGGAUGGACGAGGUAACAUAAAAAUUGAAAUUACCAACGUAAAUAUGAUUAAUGAAAUCAGGAUGAUUAAACAUUCUACGAAUCCAGGACCAACGAGUGCGAUUACAAAUAAUAUUGAAAGUGUUAGUGUAAAUAAUAAUACUAAUAGUGUUGUAAAUACUUCGUUAGACGAUUAUAUGAAAGAAAUGACUGUUAGUGUUGAUUAUAACAUGUGUUCUAAAAACUGUAAGAGUAGCACUUCCGCAACGUCCAAUGAACAUUCCACAACGUUUGACGAGGAAAUUAGACUGCUGGAGUUGGCAAGCGAAAGUGAUGCAUUGCAUGAGCUCACCAACGAUUGUCAGUCCAUUGCGAUAGCUGAUCAUGGAACCAAUAACAAUUAUCAAUCCACUGCAAAGGCAGAACAUGACGAUUGUAAAUCUGAAGUAGAAGCUCAGCAGGAAACCAUUGAUAACUGUCUGACCAUCACGAGAUUAGAACGCGACUUCAUGAACAACUAUCGAUCUUCCUCGAGCAUGAAGACAGAACGACACGUAACCGACAAUACUGCAAUCCAGAGUUUAUCGAAAAACAUCUCUAAGAAGACUUUUCGACCUUAUGAAUCCAUUCUUAAACUUGUGCGUGCACCAAGGAACGUCAAGACCGAUGGAAUCCUGUGUCCCUUUGCACUGAUGGGUACCUGUAUCGACGACGAAUGUCGAUACAUACAUCAGCCGACUAGUCAUUGUCGAUAAAGUUUUAGUGGCUAAGAGGCUCGUGGAAUAUUUUUUAUACGUAAGGUGGUUCUAAUUUGUAGAUAGGUAUUAUAUAAUUUAAAAGGUUCUAAAAUGCUUUCAAAAACAUUCCGAUUUUAAGAUAUUUAAGUUUUUUUUAAAUAUUUUCUAGUUGCAAAUUACUAUUUUUAUUUCGAUAAACAAAUUAUAAAUUUUUAAAAUAUUUUGUUUUUAAUUAUGGAUUAAUGAAGAUGUUUUUUUGUGAUGGACGACGCUUUUAAGAUUUUAGAUAGCAGUAUGUGUAAAAUAUGUUUGAUUUCAGGUAUUUUAAAAAAGGCAUGUUGUUUUCAUCGAAAUAUACGAGCAGACGGCAACUCAGAAGAUUGGUAAGUCGCCAACUUGUAAACUCUCAAGAUGUUUUUUAUGGUGAUUUAUUACUUACAGUUUCCCAUAGCUUGCUCCCGGUAUUUUUAUAUCGUUCAAGGCAAAAAUUUUUUAUACCUUUAUCACGCGUUUGUUGCCAUAUUUUUCAUAUUACUGAACCAAUUAUUAUUAUCGCGCGUUAAUCAUUAUUAUCUCUAAAUAUUUUUUAAUUUUAUGUGAAAUUGAAAUAAAUGUAUAUAAUAAGUAGGAAUAUAUUGACAUACUAUUAUUAAUAGAUCAUUCGUUUCAUGUGUAAAUAAUAUAAUAAUUUAUCAUGAAUAAUUAAACAAUACAAAAGAUUGUUUAAGCUUCUUUGGUGGAUACAGCGAAUGAGUGAACAAGUGCACAGAUGGUGACCAUUUAUGCAAUUGAAAAAUGCAUAAGUGUCUUAAGGAAAUUUAAUAAAACGAAUAAAAAAAAAUAAAAAAAAUUAUGUAUGUAAGAAAAUAAAAAAAA